AGUCUCGAGAAAAAGCUCCUUGGUCUCGAAGGAAGUUCUCUAUGACUGCAAGCAAUCACAGAAGAGAACUAGUGUAGUUGGUUGACCUCACUCGCAAUCACUCACGAAGACAAAGUCUCCAUUUUCCCAACAAUUUCACCUUCUUUCUUUGUUUUUUCUUCUCCCGAUCAAUUUCUUCUAUAAAACUAGCAUUAGUGUUUUGUAUCCGACUAACUCCGGACAAGCAACUCCUUUUCACCAACAACCGUAGCUAACAAGCAAAAUUCCAACCUGAAAAGUCUGGAUUUUUCGAGCUACCACCCAUCUUUUGAUUUUGAUCAGUGUUGAAAGAUACGAUUAGAGCAGAAAUUUUUGGAGGUUAUGUGAUGGCUAUGGUCGAAAUUCCACAGCCCAUUAGCGGAUUAAGGUGCCCGGAUAUUGGAUUGACGAAUCUAAGCCUGAGAAACAGCGGCGGCAUGAGGGCUGAGAAGGAAACUGUGGAGGAAGUGGAGCCCAGAACGACGUCUCCGCCUCUCAAGGAGGAUAUGAUGUUUGUGGCGUUAGGAAAAGAUGUGAAGGAUAGUGAGACUGUUUUAGCUUGGGCUUUGAAUAAUUCAAGAGGGAUGGGAAUUUGUAUACUUCAUGUUCACCAACCUGCCCAGAAACUACCCAUGAUGGGUACUAAAGUUCCAAUUAGCCUGUUGGAAGAACAUCAAGUUAAAGCAUAUCAUGAAAAUGAGAGGCAUGAGAUGAAUAAGAUCCUCGGCAAGUAUAUUCGAAUUUGUGACCAGGCAGGGGUUCAAGCAGAGAAAGUAUGCAUAGAAAUGGACUCUAUUGAGAAGGGAAUAGUGCAGCUAAUAUCUAAGCAUGGUGUCAAGUGGCUUGUCAUGGGAGCGGCAGCUAAUAAAUUUUAUUCAAGAAAAAUGAAGGAGCUUAAGUCUAAGAAAGCCAUACAUGUACGAGUAGAAGCACCUAGUUUCUGUCACAUUUCAUUUAUAUGGAGAGGAAACCUUGUACAUACAAGGGAAAGCAAAUUGAAUGAAAUUAACCCAGAGGGAGAGUCUCUGCUGUUUCAAGCAAGUCCGAAUACUGAAGCUGUUCAAUCAUUGAGAUCACACUCAGUUGCAGAAGGGGAAAGUCAAAUAAAGUUUCCAAGUUCAACACGGAAUUACCGUAGGUUCAGGUCUGACAAUCUCGGAAUGCAACUUUUAGUACCAUCCAAUGUCUCUGGAGGACUAUCUCCUAGGAGCAGUUUGCAUCCAGAAGGAAAUUCUGAUUGGGACGGCCUAUUCAUGAAAAAUUCUUCAGUAGGUUCAAACUUUUCAACAUGUUCAUCCAGUGAAAUAAAUGAGGAUUCGUCCUUAGUCCCCCUCCCAAGCACCAAGAUAGUUCUGCAGAAUAAUGAAGAUCAUCAUCAUUCAUCCAUGGCAUCCAGUGAUAUAGAAGGGAGCAUGAAUGAUGAACUUUAUGAUCAGCUUGAGCACUUUGCAGUGGAAGCAGAAAGUUGCCGAAAAGAAGCAUAUGAGGAAUCAAUCAGGCGUAAGAAAGCUGAAAAGGAUGUCAUUGAUACUAUUCGCAGAGCUAAAGCAUCUGAAAUUAUGUACACUGAGGAGCUAAGACGCAGAAGAGAAAUUGAAGAAGCACUGGCAAGAGGUAAGGAAGAAACUGAGAAGAUGAAGCGAGACCUAGAUGAAAUUAUGGAAAAGCUCAGAGUUGCCCAAGAACAAAAAUUCUCCCUGGAGCGUCAAAUUGCGGAUUCUGACAAGAUGGUAGAGGAGUUAGAACAGAAAAUGUUUUCCGCUGUUGAACUGUUGCAAAAGUACAAGAUGGAAAGAGAUAAAUUGCAGGUUGAGCGUGAUAAUGCACUUAGGACGGCUGAGGAGCUGAGGGAAAAACAAGCUGAAGAGGCGUCAAGUUCAUCUGUAUCUCAGUUCUUUUCAGAAUUCUCCUUUCUGGAAAUUGAAGAGGCAACAAGCAACUUUAGCCAAGCCCUGCAGAUUGGUAAAGGGGGUUAUGGAAGUAUCUAUAGAGGGAACCUUCGACACACCCAAGUGGCUAUAAAAAUGCUACAUCCAGAUAGCUUGCAAGGUCCUUAUGAAUUUCAACAGGAGGUCAACAUCCUGAGUAAGUUGAGGCAUCCAUAUAUUGUUACCCUGAUAGGAGCCUGCCCAGAAGCUUGGGCUCUCGUCUAUCAGUAUCUUCCCAAUGGAAGCCUUGAAGACCGACUCAAUUGCAAAAAUAAUACACCCCCUUUGUCCUGGAAAACUCGAAUCCGUAUUGCUGCAGAGCUAUGCUCCGCUCUCAUCUUUUUGCAUUCUUGCCAGCCCCAGGCAAUUGUCCAUGGCGACCUCAAGCCUGCAAAUAUUCUGCUUGACGAAAACUUUGUCAGCAAGCUCAGCGAUUUCGGAAUAUGUCGAGCACUCUCUCAAGAUGAGUUUUCGAAAAAUAAUACGACGCUGUGUUGCCGUACUGACCCUAAAGGAACCUUCGUAUACAUCGACCCUGAGUUCCUCGCGACAGGAGAGCUCACGUCAAAGUCUGAUGUCUAUUCGUUUGGAAUUAUAUUAUUAAGACUAUUAACUGGAAGACCUGCACUGGGGAUAACCAAAGAAGUCCAAUAUGCAUUAGAUAAAGGGAAUCUGAAAGAUCUACUGGAUCCAACUGCUGGGGACUGGCCUUUCGUGCAAGCAAAACAGUUGGCUUACCUAGCUAUCAGCUGUGCUGACAUGAAUCGCAGACACCGUCCUGACCUUGCUUCUGAGGUCUGGAGGGUUCUUGAACCUAUGAAAGUUUCAUGUGGGGUUUCGUCCCUCCGCUUUGGUUCUGACGAGCGUUACCAGAUUCCAGCCUAUUUCAUUUGUCCAAUCUUCCAGGAAAUCAUGCAAGAUCCCGUGGUUGCAGCUGACGGGUUUACUUAUGAGUCAGAAGCUCUCAAGGGAUGGCUCGAGAGUGGUCAUGAUACUUCACCUAUGACCAACCUUCAGCUUCCACACCGUGAUCUUGUGCCAAACCAUGCUCUUAGAUCUGCAAUACAGGAGUGGCUGCAACAAGCUUGAAACUACUUGCGCCCUCCACUACUUGUCUAUACGCUUUACUUUUCUUACAUAUUUGUACAGGUCACAUUAUAGGCAUAUAUACACAUGAUAUGCUGUGUGGUACACUACAAUAGCUUAUAGCUUUUGACUGGAGUUCUCUUUCUUCCGGUUUUCAUUUUGUAUUGUUAUGAGGAAUUCAUGAGAAUUGACUUACAAAGGGUUCUAUUCUAUCUUAAAGACUUGAACAAGUUUCCAGUGGCUGAAAACUUUUACCGCAACACAUGAUGCCAAGAAUGCCAGAGAUUACAUGGCUAUGGCUUAUCUCGGCCCUGUUCCAGUGUGGCUGCAGGGCGUUGGAGGGGUUGACAGCAGGCAGACCCUCCUGAAGUACUCAUUUCUUAAAAUUUUCCUGUUACAUGUUGAGAUGUGAGCUAAGUUUUGUACAUAUUCUGCACAAGCUUAUGUCGGUGAUUCUAUAUAUUUCUUGAGAACAGAUAUCCGGGCUGUGAACUUAAGGGAACCCCUUUACCUUUUUCUUUUGUGGGGGGAUUUAGUAUUAUGUACCAAGAAGACUGAGAGUUUAGCUCAGUAUACUGUUUUUUUGGUAAACUGUAACUCAUCUUUAUCAGACACAGGGAUUUAAAGACGUAAAUUCUACAUGAUCUCCGUACGCCAAGUCAGCAAUAUUAUGUCCAAAAAUUUAAUAAAAUAAUAGAAAAGGGAAAGGCUACAAGGAUUUUAGAAGCACUCCCUUCCAAACUCACUUUCUCCUUUGAGAAAAAUGAGUACUCGAAAAUCAAAUUAUAUGCUCUACCAAAAUAGAUUUAUCUUGUGUACCAGAACUGAAGUUCAUUUUAUGACUCAAAUACAGGGUAAGGUUAAUUUGCAAUAUAACAAAAAUAAACGGUGAAGAGAAGAACGAUAAACUCAUGGAUGGUGAGAUAAUUAUCAGUAAGUCGUAAUUAAGGGUUCAGUAACCCUUAACCUCCCAAGCUAGGAUCCAUCGCAAAAAUGCAUGCCUCCUAUAGGCCACGAUCUACAAGGCUUCUUUUCAUCUUCUAUCUGCAUGAAUGAUUUUUAG